AUGGCCGCACCCGUGUAUACAGAUAUGAAUGUACUUCGCCAACCGAAUCUAUCUGAUGUUAUUGACUUGGGUAUUGAAUUGGGAUUUGAACAGUUUGCCAUUAAUUAUGUUGUUUCCAGCUUGCAAGGUGGGAAAGGAAAAAAGAAUGAAAAGCUUAUUGUUCCACCACCUGCUGAAGUACUUUUAAAUGAUGAAAGUGUGAGAUCGAUCCAGAAGAGAUGUGCAUCAUUCAAGCAGCUGUCCAGGUUAACUGCUGUAUUAGAGGAUGCCUCGAAUACCCAUCGCUUGGGAGCAGCAGAUAUUCAGGCAUAUGACAUUAUUGCUGUGCAAGUUACAAAUGAAAAGACAUUUCAGCUAGCAUGCAGUACACUGGAUGUUGACAUCAUAUGCUUCAAUCUCUCAGAAAGUCUUGGAUUUUCGUUAAAGAGAGCCAUGAUCAACUUGGCAGCUAAAAGGGGUAUCCACUUUGAAAUUGUUUACAGUCCAGCUCUGCAGGAAAAUACAGUGAAGAGGAACACAAUAUCAAAUGCCAUGUCGUUAAUUCGAGCAGGGGGAGGCAAGAACGUUAUAAUCAGCAGUGGUUCAGAGCAGCCAAUAGAUCUGCGCAGCCCUUAUGAUGUUAUUAAUUUAGCUAGGCUGUUUGGACUCAGCCAUUCACAAGCAAAAGAUGCUAUUUGUAGAAACUGCAGAGCAGUUCUCAAACAUGCAGAGUCAAGAAAAACUUGCAAGUCAGUGGUGUCUGUGAUCAAAUCAUCAAACCUCUCUGUAAAAGAGCAGUGGGUCCUUCAUCAAAAAAAUACCAGAGAAGACAGUAAGAAAACAGAUGCAGACAUGGAUAGCAGCGAAGAAGAUAACACCGAAGAUGCUCAUGGAAACUUGAUGGAUUCUGAUUGUGAAGCUGAAAUGUCUGAUGCACUUGAAGAACCUGAAAAGAAGAAAAUAAAAUUGUGA